UGUAACUUUUUCAUCGCAAGAUGAAUAGCAGCACACUGAUAGAGCUCUUUGGUCAGCUCAUAUUCAGUUUUACGCGAGGCGUGGCAGAGAAUUACAAUCCAGACGAACCAGAAUUUACAACGGAGUCUUUGGGCUAUGAUCCUUUAGAAUGUACCGGUCGGGAGUGGAAUUACCUACCUGUUGACGAGCUUAUUUAUCAGGAAUACAGCGAUAUGGAAGGCUCGAAUUUGAACUAUAUGGCGGCGAACAGUCUUAGAAUACGGGUUAUAAAUGCAUGCUCACCAGAAGAAAACGAAGUUGUAUAUGACGAACAAUAUGGAGAAGACAGAGCAAUGGCUUGGAAACGGCUUAGACCGUCAGCACUUCGCACAGUUGGUAAAUCAAUGUACGUUGGAGCUUUGAUCUCACUUUUAACGGCUUCCAUGAUAGGUUCCUUGUACGUGCUGAUAACUUAUCUCAUUUACAAAUUUGGAAUCGUCUGCGAAUUUCAGAAGUCCAUUCCAAUACAAGUACAGUGGCUCCGGACAGGUUCGGUGAUCAUCACCUGUGCCUUUGCUUACAUGUGGUACUUCGCUAAUAUACUUAGUCUAUUUCGCCCUCACCAGUUAAAUGGGGUAAAACGAAAACUAAUACUAGUUUGUGUCAUUGUCUUUUGUUUGGAUGCAAUUUACUGUAUAAUUUUACAAGUCUUUGGAAUAUCUCACUCACCGUUUUCUACGCUACAAAAGACCCCUCUCGACGCAUCGUUUUUCGUAAGUGUAUGUUGGCAGACCUAUUUCUUAACAAACCAUUUGCUGAUACGAAAAUCCAGAAAACAACGGGGUAUUAUUUUCAUGCAAAUGAUUCUGCCCACCCUAUCUACUUUUAUUCUCAGUGCGACGAUGAUAUUUCUCGUUUUUCCAGCGUACAAUGAACAAAACAAGGAAGGAAAACUUUCAAUCGCUUUAUUUGCUCCCCUCAUUGGCGUUGUACUCAAAGUCAUCUCGCGAAUCUUUGCCCAGCGGUUAUGCAACAUUACACAUCCAGGAUAUUCGUAUGUCUUACUUGCGCCGUUACAUUUUGCAUCAGCGAUUGCGUUUAGAAUCUUACAGGCGGACCUCAGUAGUGUGCAGUCCAUGGCUAUUCUUGGUGUAAUUCACGGCGUUGCAGAGGUCAUAGAACGAAGCACCAUAGUCUUCUUUGACCAUGUUUGUCAUGUUAUAUGGAAAAGAAAGACAGCACCUUGGGGAAGUUUUCGCACUCCCCGCCGUGAGAGAUUAAUGGCUGAUAUAAAUAUCAUGGGCAUGUUGUACGAAUCAACUGCUGUUGUCUCUGUUAAUGGAUUUUUACACCUAUAUCAAUUAGUUUUCUUAAGAAAUUAUUUAAUCUUAGAGCUGCUUAAAUCAUUUGCUAUCCGGACCUCUAUACCCCUGAUAACUGAAUGGUUUUUCACAAGCGUUUCUUUAGCGAUCGAAACUCGAUAUCAGAAUAUGGCUGUCAUGGCUGUUUGGCGAAGAAGAUGGAAAAAACAUAUCUUAGUAGCAGUGGUAAAUGCAGUGCCUUUAGCUCUUGCAACAAGUUCGAACUUAAUAGACGUUGUUCAUGGACGUUUUAAUGAAUCUAGUCAGGUUUGUAAAAUGCCAUUCGCCAGCUGA